CGCUCUGUCUACACGCUCGCUGCUCAUCACCAGCGAGAGAAUCACACCAUGUGGCGAGCAGCCGCCUCCCACCUCCUCCUUCACCAACGGCCAUCCACGGCAGCCGCCACGGCAUUGUACACUCUGCGGAACCUCUGCCAUUUCCCGCCGCCAUCUCCGGCGGAGGCGAAGUUCACGCCGGCGGAGGCUCAACGAAUGGUGCGGCUUGUUGGAGUGGAGCUGCUAAAGAGGCGGCUGCGGGACAGCCCAGACGAGGUGUUAGGCCAUGGCGAGUUUCUCGACGCGUGCGUGGAGGCUGGCGCGGCGCGCACGCGUGGCCAGGCGGAGGAGCUGGCGCAGGCGAUGGACCAGUCCGGCAGCGUGGUGCUCUUCCGGGGAAUGGUCUACCUCCACCCAGAGAAGGUAGUGAACCUGGUUAGAAGUGUCGUUCCGCCUGUACUCGAGAUCCAGAAUGAUGUGAGAAAAGAAGAGUUUGAGCUACUGAAAAAGAAGAAAGAAGAGAUUGACAGGCAGGCGCACAAGCAAGUCAAGCGAAUCCUCUGGUCUGGCUUACUGUUCUUGCAGACCACAUUAGGCCUCACUUUCCGUUUCACGUUCUGGGAGUUCUCCUGGGACGUUAUAGCGCCAGUCGCCUUCUUCGUGACCAGUUCUGACCUGCUUGUCGGCUAUGCCUAUUUCCUUGUUACCUUACGCAAGCUGUCAUAUCGAAGCUACAUGGAGAGGCUGUUUGAAACAAGGAGGAAGAAGCUCUACGACAAGGAGGGUUUUGAUAUGGAGAAGUACCUGGAAAUGGAGAAACACAUAAAGUGUCCCCUGGGAGGUGAAUGCACUGAAGCUGCUACCAAAGCGAUCUUCAGAGAAAUAGAGAGGCGGAUGCAGGACGGGCAGGACGAGAUUGUCAGCCACGGCCAGCUCCUCGACGUUUUGCUGGAGAGCAGCCUCAAGCGCACAGAGGCGGAGGAACUCGUGCAGAAGAUGGACGACUUCAGCUUGGUGAUGCUCGUCCGGGGCAAGACCUACCUCAACCAUGAGAAAGUUGUGAACCUGAUUAGAAGGGCUGUGCCUUUUGCACUCGCCCCAGAGAACGACGCGAGAAAAGAAGAGUUCAAACAACUCCAGGCAAAGAUGGAAGAGAUAAACAGCCUGGCUCACAAGCAUGCCAUGCGAAUUCUAUGUGUUGGCUUUGCAUACUUCCUGCUCCAAUUCGCUCUCUUAUUCCGCCUUACGUUCUGGGAGUUCACAUGGCAUGAGACAGAGCCGCUCGACCUUACCAUAGCCGGCAUCCAGCUGAUUAUUUGCUACGGAUAUUUCCUCCAUACCUCGAGUAAUCCGACGUUACAAGACUUCAGGCAGAGGCUGUUCUUGGCAAGGAGGAGAAAGCUCUGCGCCAAGCAUAGAUUUGAUAUAGACAGAUACCUGAAGUUGCAGAAACACCUUUAGGUACCCUCAGGAAGGUGAUAACUGAUCUCAAGGCAGUAAGCAUUAUGGCCUGUAACGCCAGAGCUGAAAUUUCGCAGUUGUUAAUUGACGCUGAUAGUGUCCUGUC